AUGAUCCCCCGCCAUUUGUUCCGGGGAUGCGGCACCGUCCGUUUAUCGGACCAGGCUCCUCGCAUGACGCUGCUGGCAACCUGUCGACAGAACGGCUCUCAUCUGAGAAGCAGCAUCAGCAUCAGCCGCAAUUGGCGCCCCCUAUCGCAAUCAGCUCGACGACAUCGUCCAUAUCACGAAGAUCCCCACGAGCGCCUGCGCAGCGCAAAGCCUCUCGUGUCCAAUGCCUUGGCGGGCAAGUUUACCAACGCGGGCACUGGCCGCAACUCGCGCACGCUCGUAGUCGCCACGGUGGCUGCCGCGGUAGCCUUUUACAUGUACAACUCGCAGACGGUGCCGGUGACUGGGCGGCGGCGCUUCAACUUCCUGUCCGACACGCUAGUUGCGCAGGCCUAUGCGAGAGCUGCUGAAGCGAUUGUGAGGCAGGUCGAGGAGCAGGGAGGGCACUUCUUAUCGGACUGGGACCCGCGGACGAUUCUGGUCAAGAGGGUUAUGCAGAGGUUGAUUCCGGUCAGCGGGAUGGAGAACCUAGACUGGGAAGUCCGAGUGAUUGCGGAUAGCCGAACGGCAAACGCUUUUGUUAUCCCAGGCGGCAAAGUCUUUGUCCACAGCGGCAUUCUCAAUGUUUGCCGCAGCGAAGAUGCCCUCGCGGCUGUCCUGGGCCACGAAAUCGCACACAACACGGCUUCCCAUGCUGCGGAGCGCCUAUCUGCUGCAUGGGUUGGCAACCUCACAGUUGGCAGUCUCUUCUUCCUUGCCGGAGCGCUGCCGGGCCUGGCGCUGUUCGGCUUAUGGAACGUGAUUGGAGGGUACUAUUUGCAAGAUCUGCUCUUCUACCUACCCAUGGGCCGCAAGCAGGAGAGCGAGGCCGACUACAUUGGCUUAAUGAUGAUGGCAGAGGCUUGCUACGAUCCCCGACAGGCCGUUGGAUUCUGGCAAAGGAUGGAGACAAUACAGCGGCUGGGCGGGCAAGAGGUCCCCGAGAUGCUUAGCACGCAUCCAUCGAACGAGCAUCGGAUCGCCAAAAUUGAGCAGUGGCUGCCGGAGGCGAUGAAGAAGCGCAUGGAGAGCGACUGUAGAACGACAUCGGCGUUUGCAGACAGGUUUAGAGAGGCGCUGAGGAAGCGACGGCCAAUUGUGAUUGAGCUUUAG